UUACUUAUUCAUCAUUUGUCCACUUCUUCCAAACACUUUCCUAUCCUAUAGACUUUACUAUACGUACUUCACUCUCCUAUAUAUAUACCCUCUACUUUUAUUGUUAUCUUCAUCCAAAAAUUUUUAUUCUCUUUCUUACUAAACAACCUACAUUACUAAACCAUGGCAUCCUCUACCAAGAUCCUAUACCUUGCUCUUUUUCUUUCUCUCUUUGCCUUUUCCGUAGCGGCGAGACAACUCCUUGAGUCAUCUCAGCCGAUGACCUUCCAAUACCACAAGGGUCCUCUUCUUAAUGGAAAGAUUACAAUUAACCUUAUUUGGUACGGUCAUUUUAAACCCGCCCAACGUGCUAUUAUCUCUGAUUUCAUCUCCUCCUUGUCAUCCACCAAUAUUCAAGCCAAACCAUCUGUUGCCACGUGGUGGAACUCCAUUGGCAAGUAUCACCGCCUCGCUAAUCCGAAGAAACUCACUGCCAACACUGCCACGUCACUCACCCUCUCUUUAGGCAAACAACUCAUUGAUGAGAAGUAUCCUCUUGGGAAGUCACUCACCAACAAGCACCUUGUCCAACUGGCAUCCAAAGGUGGUCAACAAGUCAACGCAGUCAACAUUGUGUUGACUUCAUCCGACGUGGUAGUUGAUGGUUUUUGUAGAAGCCGGUGUGGGACCCACGGGUCAUCCUACGUGUCCAAAAGUACCACUCAAAAGUUCACCUACAUUUGGGUAGGUAACUCCGAGACUCAGUGUCCGGGUCAAUGUGCCUGGCCCUUCCACCAGCCCAUUUACGGCCCACAAAGCCCACCAUUGGUUGCACCCAACAACGAUGUGGGCCUAGAUGGUAUGGUUAUAAACUUGGCUAGCCUAUUGGCUGGGACCGUAACGAACCCGUAUGGAAAUGGGUACUACCAAGGCCCAAAAGAGGCUCCACUUGAGGCUGCAACAGCUUGUCCAGGGGUGUAUGGGAAAGGUGCUUACCCGGGGUAUGCUGGUAAUUUACUCGUGGACUCAUCUACUGGAGCAAGUUAUAAUGCGAAUGGUAUUAACAAAAGGAAAUAUUUGGUGCCUGCUUUGUAUGAUCCUAGUACCUCAUCUUGCUCAACUUUGGUGUGACAAAUUCAGAAUUUUGAAAGUUGUACAGAGUAUAUAAUACGGAGUAGUACUGAUAUGACUUCCAAAUUUCCAAUCGAUAAACCGCAAGUAGCUAAAUUUGUUACCUCCUAAAAACAAAGAUGUAUGAUAAAAUGUAUCAAGUAUGUACGUGUGUAAUCUGGUUUUUUUUUUAAGAAAAAUGUGAUUAUAAAUAAAAUUAAUAAAUUAAAAUCCAAA